ACAGAAGUUUACUUGCAUUUUUAAUUACGAGUUCUUAUAUAUAGGAUUAUGUUCCUUGAUCACUAUAGUUUGAUUGAGCUUCAUGUACGUUAGCAAAAUAUCUUUGACGUUAGUUGCUUGAGUAGUUUACCCAAUUUACAUGCCUAGGGAGUCGAAGGGGUUGAAUGGGUGAAAAUAUGGUUUCUAGAAAAGAGGAAUCUUUAUGGUCGGGAACAGCGUGUCGUGUGGCAGUAAAUGCUGUUUCUCAUCCCAUUGAAUAUGCUAAAGUUUUAAUUCAGAUUGGACAUGAACCUAUUGCGCCCUAUGCGACGAGAACAAUUUUCGGAAGGCCUGCACUAGCUUUACCAAAUGUCUAUAAGUACAUCAAAUACAUAAAAGGUGUCGAUGGAUUCACCGGUUGUUAUCGAGGCCUUGUGCCUAAACUUUGCUCAUAUACAGUCAGUGCUGUUGUAUGUGAAAAAACUGCAGAAUAUAUUGAAUCUAAAUAUCCUAGACCACGAAUAGAGCCUGAAGAUGAAGAAGAAAGUGCUGAGAAGUAUAUUCAAGACUUCCUAAGAGAUUUAGUUAGUAGGGUUGUAGGAAUUAUUAUUAGUCAUCCUCUAGACGUUAUUUCACUGCGAAUGAUGGCUCAAUUUGUUGGCGGUGAAAUAAAAUACAGUGGUUUAAUACAAUCUCUUGUAGAGAUUUACAAAGAGAAUGGUAUCUCGGGAUAUUUUGCAGGGCUCAUGCCACGUCUCAUUGCAAAUGCGGCAACUUUAGUAAUAGUCAGUUCCUCCACUUACGCUAUCAACAAAUACGUAAUAACGGAUCGAGAAAUGAAAAGUUUCACUGCAUCGACGAUGACUUUCCUCGCCACCACAGUCACGUAUCCAUUUUUGGUUGUCUCUCAUUGCAUGGCGGUUAAUAAUUGUGGGCUGGUAGCUGGCGUUCCUCCACAAAUGCCAAUUUACACUAAUUGGCUGGACUGCUGGGCUCACUUAUCAGCCACGAACCAACUAAAACGAGGAAGUAGUUUGCUCUGGCGUUACUACACAGAACCGCCAAAUCUCAUAAAUAACAAACCCUUCCCGAUAAGUACAUCCGCUUUCUACAUGAAGAGUAUAAAAUAGUCUGCAACUUCGAAAAUAUAUUCCAUUGAGAGACCUACUUACAUAAGAAUAAUUCCAAAUGAUGAAUUAAAGCAUUUGUUGUAUUAUAUAAAUCUAUUUGUGCAUUGCAUUUUGAAGUGUGUACAGUGUUGUUAAGACCAGUUAUGACUCGCCAAUGUUUUUAGAAGGAUUUAUUUAAAACUUUACCCCUUUGACAACAUAGAAUGUUUGAUCUUUGUUUUCAAAGUAUACCUAUACUUACAAAUACAUGAUGAAAGGGAUCAAAAACUUGAGAUCCAACAGAAUGAAAA